UUGCCAAACACAUUAAACCUCAGAGGAAGAAGAUUAGAUUCACCGCGCUCUGUGUUGUUUUGUCUUGAUGCAGUGUUGAUACAAGCUGUUAGAAAAGUUGUUUCUGUAUUUUCAUCUGCAUAGUCGUGACUACGUUUUGAAGUAAUCAGGGAUAUCUGGAGGAGUAUCAUCUGAACUGAGAUCUGCUGCUGUGAAGAUGGUGUUUGUUAAAGAGGAGAGUGAAGAGAACACGAGUGAACCAGAAACCUGGAGAAUAAAACAUGAAGAAACAGAAACAUGUGGAAUAAAACACGAAGAAACAGAAACAUGUGGAAUAAAACACGAAGAAACAGAAACCUGUGGAAUAAAACACGAAGAAACAGAAACCUAUGGAAUAAAACACGAGGAACAAGAGUUGAUUAAAAAAACCAAGGAGAAUGAAGACUCAAGUGAAAUUGAGGAGACAAAUCAUGUCAAAGCUGGAGAAAAACCUUUGAGUUGCUUUCAAACCAAACAGAAAGAUUUAAAGAGAAGAAUAGCCAAGAAAUCUUUCACCUGCACUCAGUGUGGAAAGAGUUUCACACGCAAAUAUGGUCUUGAUGUUCACAUGAGAGUUCAUACUGGAGAGAAACCAUUCCCUUGUGAUCAUUGUGGGAAGAGAUUCACACAAGCAGCACACCUUUAUGAUCACAAGAACAUCCACACUAAAGAGAAGCUAUAUGCAUGUGAUCUAUGCGGUAAGAUGUUUUUAUGGGCUUCAGUCUUGAAGCAUCACUUGACAGUUCAUACAAAGGAGAAGCCACAUUCAUGUCAUUUGUGUGGAAAGAGUUUUUCAUGUCUACCAAAUUUGAAAGUACAUCAGAAAAUACAUAUUGUUGAAAGAGAGUACAUGUGCUGUGAGUGCGGGAAGACUUUUACUACAGCAAACUGUUUAAAACGGCACCAGAGGAUUCACACUGGAGAAAAACCUUAUAAAUGUUCACACUGUGACAAGAGAUUCAAUCAUUCAACACAUCUGAAAACACAUAAGAGGAUUCACACUGGAGAGAAACCUUAUAAGUGUUUACAAUGUGACAAAAGAUUCAGUCAGUCAGCAAAUCUGAAAACACAUGAGAGGAUCCACACUGGAGAGAAACCUUAUAAGUGUUCACACUGUGACAAGAGAUUCAGUAAUUCAGGAAUCCUGAAAACACAUGAGAGGAUUCACACUGGAGAGAAACCGUAUCCCUGCACUGCAUGUGGGAAGUGUUUCAGUAAUUUAUCUAAUCUACACAGUCAUACAAAAGCCAAUCACAGUAAGUAGAUCAUCUUUAGAUCCAGCACUUUCAGGCAGUGGCGGACUGGCCAUCUGAAGCACCGGGAGUUUUCUCGGUGGGCCGGCCCAUUGCGUAAAUGAACAGAAUGAAUUAUAGUAAAUGUGAGCUGAGGUAAGAUGUAAGCAGCUAUGGCAAGACAAUUCUGCAAUAUUUACCAACUGUGUACAAUGAAAAAACAAGUUAAACGACAGACACUCAUUUUCAGGGAUACAAACUACUGGCCUUUUCAAAUUUCUUAAUGUCAUUAACUAGGGCUACACGAUAAAUCUAAAUGAAAUCGAAAUCGUGAUUAGACAGAAGCUGCGUUUGUGAUGCAUAUCUUUCAGCGAAGCACGGUUCUGUGAUCAGCAGUAAAUCUCCAUCCGAAGGCCAGAGGGCGCUCUCGCGCUGAAACUCCAAAUACGCCUCCAAAAGAAAACCCAGAAAAUGCCUAUAGUGGUAGCUAGAUAAACAGAAGAUUUAACUGCUUUUAUUGAUUCCACGUGACUAAUAAACACAGGACUACGACAAUAUAUGAUUUAUCUGAGUUCUUAUUAUUAUAAUUUUCAUUAUAAUAAAGUAUAUUUAUAAUGCAAUGCCUUAAUUAACGCUAAGAAUACUAUGAAAUGUGUUGUGCGGCUUAUUCUGUGUAAGAAGUCACAUCAUCUCACAGAAGGAUUUAUUUCAAACACUCGACUGACGUUAUGAAGUAAGUUUGAAGUAAAAACAUGUUAUUAAAUGUGGUGUUUUCAUCUGCUUUCAGAUUUUUUUAAAGCAAAAUUUACUACGCAAGAAGCUAUGCAAACAGCUGUCAUUAUCGCAAAUGAUUUCUUAAUCACGCAAUAAUAUCGUCUGCGUUUUUUGCAUAACUUUUUUUGCAUAACUACGGUUCUGUGUAGUAAAUGCUGCUCCAUCUGAAAGCACAUGAUGAUGAUUUACUGCUGAUUACAGAACCGGCUUUACUAACAAGAUGCGCAUGACAAUCGCAUUUGAUUAAUUGUGCAGCCCUAGCAUCAUUGUUAUUCGUCACAAUAUAAGAUAAGAGUGAAUGUAAAUCUCCUGUAAUUUGACAUUUAAAAUAUAUCAUUAUCAAACCUACUCUGUCUAGAACAUGGUAAAUGUGAAGACUUUCGCUUUCGAAGGGCCAUGAUAAGGAAAGUAGUAUAUAUUAUAAUAAAAAUAUAAUUUGCUAGCCUAUUUCGCAUAAAAUACACACUGUGUAAUGUCAAAUGUUUGAAAUAAGUAUAAUUUAUUUUCUGAAAAAAGACUGGAUUUGAUCAAAAAUACAGUAAAAUAUCAAUAUUAUGAAAUAUUACCACUGAAAAGGUGGUUUUCUAUUCAAAAUAUUUUAUAAUGUAAUUUAUAUCUAAUUAAAAUUGAAUAUUUAGGAUCUUUACUCCAGUCUUCAGUCUCACGUUCCUUCAGAAAUCAUUUUAAUAUGCUGAUUUGCGGCUUAGUUAUUGUCGGAUAUUAUUUGUAAUCAAUUAUUACUAACGGUUCUUAUUAUCAACAAUGCGGAAAACUGUUUUUGCUUUAUUUUUGUGGACACUGUGAUGCUUUAACUUUUUCAGAAUUCUUUGAUAAAUAAAAAGAUAAAUAAAAAAACAGCAUUUAUUUGAAACAUAAAUUAUCUGUAAUAAGUAAUAUCUUUACUGUCACUUAAUUUAAUGCAAUCUUGUUAAAUAAAAGUAUAAAUUUAUAUAGACUGUUUUUAACCUUACCCAUAAAAAUAUGAAGCAGCACAAUGGUUUCGAACAUUUAAAAUAAUCAGAAAUGUUUCUUGAGCAGCAAAUCAGCUUAUUAGAAUGAUUUUUGAAGGGCCAAUAGAAAGGCACCGUAAAACCAGGCCACAUUCUGCAAUAAAUUCCAAGUCUUCUGUGUAAUUUUUUUUUCUAAAUUAUUUACUAUUAGUCACAUACUCCAGGAAAAACGAAUUAUAAUGUAAAGAAGUAUACCACCAGUCAUUCAUUAAUGUUAAAAUAGAUGGCAUUUUUAUGACAUUUUGAUCGGGGUUAGUGAGCUGCUCUGUGCCAGAAAGUCUGGGCCCACUUUUUAGCCCCAGUCCGCCCCUGCUUUCAGGUCUGUUGCUGCAUCAUCACCAAAUGUGACACAAUAAUGCAUCAAGCAAUAAAAUAUAAUCUGGAUAAAUCCUUCCUUAACCAUCCAUUGCAAGUGACAUGACAAAGAAACAUUAUUUAAAGUUUUCACAGUGAAUAGAGUUCAGCAUCAUCUUCAAAACCAGCAGAUUGAACUGUGAGAUUCAGGUCAACUCAAAUAUGGAGUUCCUCCCAAAAGAACAAUGUCAAAAAGUUUUAUUGUGUUUUCUUAUGAGUUUCAUAUCCUGUUCAAUUGUCUUACAAUGCAUAUGUAUCACUUGUAAUUUGCUUGCUUUGUCAUUAAGGAAAAUAGAAGCUUUUACAAACUGUUCUUGUUCAGGAAGCUGAAGAAGAGGCUGUAACACCUCUCAAGGCCUGAGAUUUAAUUUUAAUUUGUUCUUUGUUGUUUUUAAAAUUACUGAGUUAUUCUUCUGCUUAAGAUGUAUUUAGGAAAUGCGGAUGCAGUAUAUACUGUCAUGAAGCUUUGUAAUUGAUCCUUCUUUGCUUCUCUUGUAAGUAGGAAUGAGUACCUGAACCCGGUAUUAAACGAGCCCUAGGGUUAAAUUAUGAA